AUGGAGCUCAAUCUCACAUACGCCAACCAGCCCAUCGGGUAAGAUAUGCUCAGCCUCACACAAGCAUACACGUGCCCAUUGUGUGUGUGGCUGUGUGUGGCUGAAUGGGGUGCCUUCCGUUCAGGCUGGUGGCUCGUUCUGGCAGUCCCCAGCUGUUUGACCUCGCCAUCAACAAGGACGACCUGUUCGUGACCGACGGCAUCAUCAGCCGCUCGCCCGACUUCGCCAUCUGGGUGGGGGUGAAUGUGGCAGAGUUGGUGGUCGAGUCGGUGUCGGAGGGCACCUUCCAGCAGCAUCCCGGCCAGGCGGUGUGGACCAUGCCGUACAGCAGCAUCAAGGGCCAGGUGGUGUCGUUCUGCUUCCGCAAGGUCGAGCGGCAGGGGGGCGUCAAUGGCCCGACUGCUGCUUUCCCUGCUGUGGCGGCGAAUGAGCCCACGCUGUUGCCGGAUGAUUGAUGGUGCGGCUGUGUGUUUUGACGUGUGAUGUGAUUGGCUGGGUGUGCGCUUCUUGUGUUUUUUGUCGUGUGUGGCUGGCUGCUGUCUUUUCC